CAUCCGACAUUUGGCUUGGAUCUGGUUUCAUAUUCACGGGAGAAAAAAAAGAUUAAAACAGUGACUGUAGUCAUGAGUUACACUUUGCUGAUUGUCGUUCUUGCCAUCACGGCAUUUGCGCACAGUGCAGAUGCGGAUAGAUGUAAAUGGGAUAAUUCUGAAAUUUAUAAUCAGAAAUGCUAUACAGCCACGGACACACUUGUUUGGAGCGAUAAUUUGGGAUAUUGUGAGACCUAUGGUUAUCCACCAAUCAGCAUCCGAAAUAAGGAAGAUCUGGUCUAUUUUAAGAAUAAAGUUUUACCCACGGAGUCGGCCAGCGUCUGGGUUGGUGCCACAGAUAUCCUGAAGGAAGGUAUCUUUAUCUGGGAGGACACCAAGCAACCGGUAUCUGCUGACUUUGAGCAACUCUUCGACAGAUCCACAAACACCGCAGAUAAGGAUUGCUUGUUAGCUACGGCUGAGUUUGACAAGAUUAUUGCUGUGGAGUGUGAUGAAACUUAUGCGGUGGGGUAUUGCGUGGGGCACCUGAUUCAUGAAUACACGACACAAUCUACUACACAAGAUACUUCAAUGUGUCCAAGUAGGGAAUACUCAAUCUACAACGAGAAAUGCUUCAUUAUCGGUGUAAACAAUGGCUCAUGGGUACAAACGAAACAAGCGUGUGCGAACUAUCGCCUCCCGACAAUGGGUAGACCCUUUGAGGAGUUCAUGACCCUCGUUGCCACAAUUAAAAAUAUUGAUGGCAAAGAUUUUUGGGUUGGAGCGAACGACUCAGCGAGCGAAGGGAAAUUCAUCAUGGAGGACACGCUGGAGCCGCUUCCCAGGCGCUACGAGAGUAAUUUUCUGAGAAACACAAACACCGAUGCUAAGGACUGUUUACUGUUUAAUUAUACACUGCAAGCCAUCGUUGCCGCGAACUGUGAAACGGCUAAAGCUAGUGGGUAUUGCCAUGGAGACGUUAUUCCUGCCGCCCCUACACAACCAACCACCCCAGCACCGGCAUGGAACUGGAACUAUCAAAUACAGAUGGCAGCCAACAUCACCAGUUACUUCGCCGUAGGUGCUGAUGAAGUCAGGUUCGCUGCGAUGAUCUUUAACAGUGUGCCAACCAAAGUGUUUGACCUGAAGGAUCACUUGGACCAUGAUUCUUUGGCAAAGGCUUUACUAGCAUUACCACACCCGACUGGAUACGGCAGUAAGACCUACAUAGCCCUGCAGGACAUAACCAAGAAAAACAUGUUUGGUGCUGAGGCUGGUGGUAGAGACGACGCCCCGAAUAAUGUAAUCGUCGUGACCGAUGGCGGCUCUGACAACAGAGAGAAAACUUUAGGUGAGGCGGUCAAGCUGAAACAGGCGAACACGACCAUCAUAGCUGUGGGGGUAGGGCCUAAACCAUCACAAGAGUGAUCGUAGAGACGCUGGUCCCUCAGACUUGUGACAGUUAUCAAGCCGGCUAAAAAGGUUAACUAGCUUGAAGGCCUCUCUUUGAUCUUGCAAGUUUGAAUGAUAAAACAACCAGAUUAAAAAAUAAAACAAAAUAAAAUGAUUUUAAAA